CUGUGGUGUUGGCCGGCCAUAUCGCAUUACACAGAUAACAAUGGCACAGUGCACCACCAUGGAGGAUCUGCCCCAAGUGACGGACGCAAAGAGGAACAGGCUGACCCUGGUAGUCAUUGUUCUGUCCAACUUCUGUGCUGUGUGCUGUGUGUCCCUAAUUGCACCUUUUUUCGCUAUAGAGGCAACAAAGAAAGGUACAAGUCUGACUGUCGUAGGCUUCAUUUAUAGUUCUUCAGAACUCGUCAUCUUCCUGUCAUCGCCAGUGUUUGGCUAUCUGAUGUUUGAAUAUUUUACCGUCCGGGAUCCCAUUUAUUGUUGCCUGUUUCUUCGUAAGGGGUAUGGAAGCAUUGGGAACAGCAUCGGUCAUGACAUCUAGCUUUACUAUUGUGGGACUCUGUUUUCCAGGACGAAUCGCAACUGUUUACGGAGUGUUAAAGUCUGUGUCUGGAGCUGCUCUAAUGAUUGGGCCAGCAUUGGGAAGUGGUUUCUAUGAGCUAGGAGGGUAUGGCCUCCCAUUCUGGGUGCUCGGGGGCUGUACGUUUGCCUGUGGAUGUGCAUCAUAUGUCAUCCUGCCUCAUCAAGACACUGUUCCUCCAACACAAAGACCGUCUGGUUUUGCUGUCUUUGGAAGCCCAUCAGUGUGGUUUGGAAUCCUCGCCAUCUAUGCUGCAUUCUUCACUUUCAACUCCAUGUACCCGUUCUACGCCCAGCAUCUGACACAGUUUCACCUCAGCCAAGGUAUAAUUGGUCUCAUCUUCAUGAUACCCCCUUCUGUGUACGCCUUUGCCACGCCGCUCUGGGGAUAUCUACUUGACAAACAUGUGUCAGCAGUCCCUACAUUGUGGGUAGCACUGUGGUGUCUUUCCACAAGUACCCUAUUUUUUGGACCAGCUCCAUUUUUGGGAUUUGUUCCGACGUAA